AUGAGUCUGCACUCUCAGUUGAUUGCAAAUGGAAACGACAAUGUCCCCCUCCCCAAUGGGAUAACCACCUAUCCCACGGAAUGGGUGGUGCAGAAAUUUGGCGGAACAAGUGUGGGAAAGUUUGCCGUGGAAAUUGUGGACCGUGUGAUCUAUCCUAGCACCCUCACACAUCGCGUUGCUGUCGUCUGCUCUGCGUGGAGCAGUUCUUCCAAAGCGGAGGGAACCACGAAUCGACUACUUCGCGCAGCUAGAGAAGCGGGAAAAAAUGCAAAGUCUACCCAAUAUGUGUCCCUGGUCGAUGCCGUCCGUGAUGAACACAUCCAGGUCGCUAGCGACCUCCUUCAAAAUGCCGAACUCAAGAACCAGUUGAUCCAGGAGAUCGAAGAAGAAUGCAGCCACAUACUCAAAAUCCUCGAAGCUGCCCAAACACUAGGGGAAAUAUCUAUCAGAUGCGUGGACAAGGUGAUUAGCACCGGCGAGAAGCUCAGCUGUCGCAUGAUGGCCGCCCUGCUCCAUGAUCACGGUGUUGAUUCUGAAUACAUCGAUCUAUCAGACAUAGUCGAUUUUUCAAUAAACGUCCAAUCGCUCGAUCAAGCGUUCUACGACCGUCUUGCGGCCGCUCUAGGUGAAAAUAUAAAAGCAUGUGGGAGAAAAGUUCCGGUGAUCACGGGCUAUUUCGGGCCGGUGCCAGGAGGCUUGCUGGAAAAAGUUGGCCGAGGCUACACAGAUCUGUGCGCUGCCCUUGUGGCGGUGGGCAUCAGUGCCCAUGAGCUUCAGGUCUGGAAGGAGGUGGACGGGAUUUUCACUGCUGAUCCACGAAAAGUACCCACAGCUCGACUCCUGCCGGCGAUCACUCCCGCAGAAGCUGCUGAAUUGACAUUCUACGGCUCUGAGGUGAUCCAUCCUUUCACCAUGGAGCAGGUGAUCAGAGCCAGAAUCCCCAUCCGGAUUAAAAACGUUAUGAAACCCCGGGGCAAGGGGACGGUGAUUUACCCAGACUCGAUUGCGGAGCUCGACGAGACGACCCCGGGCCACAAUCCCAAACUCUUCCGCACCCGGAGCUCCAGUACACUAUCCCAGCGCCAGGGGCCCAAGCGACCAACUGCAGUAACAACCAAACACAAAAUUCUUGUUAUAAACCACAAUGUCAACAUCGAAAUGAUUUCACAGGGUGCGAGCGAAAUCAACAUAUCGUGCGUCAUCGAAGAGAGAGAUGCAGACCGCGCCCUCAACAUCCUCCAUACAAACCUCUUUACUUUCCUUGAUUGA